AAUCGGUUUGACAGUUUGCCUAUAUUUUUCGUAUUUGUUUUGUAAAUAAACGUGCUUAAUAUUAAACAUUCUGAGUGAAUUGAAUUUAGGAAUUUUCCCAUUGUUUGAGUCCCCAGAAAAGUGUGAAAAAUAUAAUAUGGGAAAAAUUCAAUUAUUUCACGAGUCUGACCAGGAAGAUAGCGAAUCCUUUAAUUUCAAAACUAAUAAAAGCUAUGCCAAACACUACGACGAGUUUCGCAAAAAAGAAGUUUUAGGCCAACUUAAAAAUCUCGAAUCAGAUACCGAUUCGUCCAGUGAUGACGAAACGACAGACGAGGAAGUUGUAGAUGCUCAUUUUGACAAAGAAUUUUUUCGGACACUUGCUUACCUGAAAAGGCGUGACCCAUCCAAAUAUGAGGAAAAACCUUCUUUUUUCCAAGAUGUUAAGCCAGUUGAAGAAGUUGCAUUGGAGAAGCGCAGAAAGAAAGAAAAACCUAUGACUCUUAAAGAUUACGAGCGAAAAGUCAUAGUGGAAAAGGCUGGUAUCUUCGAAGACGAGGAAGAUUAUAGUGCCUGUCGCGAUGAGCGAGCUGAGUCUCCCUCACUGAUACAACAGCAGAAAGACAUCAAAAAUCAAAUUAAACAAGCACUUAGUCAGAUCGAUACGGACGACGAAGAACUAGAACAAGAUAAUCGGAAAGAAGGGUUGCUGCAAAAAAGAACUAAAACUCAAGAGGACCUUGAAAAGGAACAGGCAGACUAUUUGAAGUGGCUGGCUGACAAAAAAACGAAAGAUCCCCUUACAGAUGAUUUCAAGCAUCUUAAACCGCUAAAAGAUUACUGGAGCAGUAAAACACUUUCGAAGGAGGAAGCAUUUCUGAAGGACUAUAUUUUGAAUAAAAGAUUCGUUGAUGGCUCUGGAGAGGUUCCAUUUUACGAAGAUAUAAUAGCAACAUCCGAAGAUGAGGAAGAACUAGAGAAACAGGAAGAUUACGAACGGCGAUAUAAUUUCCGGUUUGAGGAACCCGAUUCAGAGUUUAUUAAACGGUAUCCCAGAAAUGUUGAAGAAUCUAUACGUAUUGAGCGAAACAAGCGCAAAGAACAACGACAAGCUGUGAAAGAGAGAAAAAAACGCGAAAAAGAGCAGAAAAAACGAGAACUGGAAGAACUAAAGGCUAUUAAACUGCAAGAAAUUAAAGAAAAAAUUAAUAAAUUGAAGCAAAUCGCUGCGACAGACAAUAUGGAUAUCGACGAAGAGCAAUUGGAAUCUGAUUUUGAUCCUGAAGAACACGAUCGACGUAUGCGUCGUAUGUUCAAUGAGGAUUACUACGAAGUUGAUGAAGGUGAUCAAAAACCAGAGUUUCCCGAACUGGAUGAAGAACUUGGUAUCGAAAAUUAUGAUCGAGAGAACGCUGAAACUAACGAUCAGCUACCUUAUUGUGAAGAUCAUGAUUUCGUAAUGGAUGCCGAUUAUAAAAAAAAUCUUAAGGAUAAAAAAAUGGAUGUUCAGGAACAAAUGCUUCAGGCGUCUGCGCACAAGAAGAAGAAAGGGAAAAGGAUUUCAAAAUUCGCCGAAAUGUUGAAAAAGGAAAAGCCUAUUUUUGACCCGGAGGAUGAAAAAACUUAUGGAGAGUACAUCGACGAGUACUACAAGUUAGAUUAUGAGGACAUAAUAGGAGAUACACCAUGUCGAUUUCGAUACGUAGAAACUGUUCCAAAUGCUUUUGGAUUAACUAUAGAGGAGAUAUUAAUGGCCAAUACGCGUGAACUGAAUCGUUGGGCAAGUGUAAAGAAAACAGUUCAAAUUCGUCCAAAAUAUGCAGAGCUCACUGAGUGCGACGUUUACAAGAAAAAGGCACUAAAUGAAGAGCUCAAGAAAAAAAUGUUACCUAGCCUUUACAGAACACAAAAUGACAGUGAUCUGGAAGAAGAUCAAGAAAUCAUGCGAAAAAAAGAAAGUAACAUUGAUAAAAGUUUGAACAUUGCUGAUGACAUCGAUCAACAUAACACUGAUAUAAACAAGAAAAAUAAAAUUAAUCAGCAGAAAAAAAGUUCAACUGUUGGUAUACGUCUUCCACAUGGUCGCGACAGAACCACUCAAUUCGACAGAAAAUCACCAAACAAGGAAAAAAAAUUAAAUAGUAAACAACAUAAUAUCCGUGCUGAUAUUAGUGGUAAAAUAAGUAGCCCGGCUCAAGCACCUAAUGAAAAAUCGAAAAAACGAAAACUGUUGACCGUUGAAACUUCUACACAAUCUUUUAAAAAAUCGAAAAAAAAUCAGCAAUCCUCGGUUUCCACCGUAAGCGAAGGUCGCCUGCGAGCCUUUGGAAUUAACCCGAAGAAAUUCCACAAUAAACUUAAGUAUGGCGGCAAAGAAAGGGAAUGUCAUGGCCAAAAUCUGCACAAAAAGGGUGAAGCAAAAGCGUCACAUCAACAGAAUAAAUUUAAAGGAUAGUUUAAAAGUAGCAGCAGCCAAAAUUAAAUGUUGAAUGUUACGAUAAAUAAACCAUCAAAUUUGCAAUGCUUGAGUCCUAGUGUCCAACUUUCCCUAGAAAGCUAUUCCUGAAAAAACAAAUGGUAACCGAAGAAAAUUCUCCGAAUAUCACACAUUUCGAUACCACUAGAAACCCCGUUCCCGAAAAUGCAUCAAGGUUCAGAAAAGGUUUUCGAAAUCAAUUUAUAGCAGAAAUUAUCAUUCAGGGGGCUUUACUCGAA